CUUCAUUUUUUUAAUCAUGUGCUUUGCUUGUUCAACACUGAUAGAGUUUUUUCUUUGUAUAUUUAGAUUGGGAGAGUUUCAAAGAGAAAGAGAAACAAAGAAGAAGAAAAAACACAGAGAAGCUUCCAUUAUAUUCAUCCAUGGCUUCUAAGCUUCUUUUGAUUGCUGUCUUUGUUCUUGAUCUUAUUGCUUUUGGUUUAGCUGUUGCAGCUGAGCAAAGAAGAAGCACUGCGAAGAUUGUCCAGGACAGUGAAGUUAAUUACAACUAUUGUGUAUAUGACUCAGACAUAUCCACUGGCUAUGGUGUUGGUGCAUUUUUGUUCCUUAUGGCUAGCCAAGCCAUUAUAAUGGUAGCCAGCCGAUGCUUCUGCUGUGGAAAGGCCAUGAACCCUAGCGGUUCAAGGGCCUGGGCAGUCAUCCUUUUCAUUGUAUGCUGGUUGUUUUUCCUAAUAGCGGAGAUAUGCUUGCUGGCCGGAUCGGUCCGGAAUGCUUACCACACCAAGUAUCGGUCCAUUUUCAGCGAGCAGCCUCCGUCUUGUGAAACAGUGAGAAAAGGAGUGUUCGGUGCAGGGGCAGCCUUCAUUUUCUUAACAGCCAUAGUGAAUAAGUUGUACUAUAUUAGCUACUCAAAUGCUAGGGAGAACAGCUUCCAGCCUUACGGAGGCGGCCGAGAGGCUGGAGUUGGCAUGGGAGCCUACAAGUAAGCGAUGACAGAAAGGAAUUGGGACUUCAAGUUAUUGCAGUAAUACUAUGUGACUGCAAGAACUUUAUGCUAUUGAUUUGCUUACUUCAUUGUCUGGGACGGGUUUCCAUUUCAUGUUCUUAAGGGUUCGAUAUAGGCGAUAGAUGGUAUUUCGUAUUAGAUUCAUAAUUUUUUUUUUAUUUCCUGUUCUUCCCUAAUUCAAAAUUCUGUAAUUUUUUUUGAAGUUUCUUGUAAACAAGACUGGUGUUUGUGUUCCA